AUGGGCCAAUCAGACUCCAAGCUUGCUCAGUACCGAGAACAUGUAUUCAGGCUUGCCGAUCAUAUUUCAACACCGUUAUAUUCGCCGUCAGUGAGUUAUCAAGAGAUUAUUCGGUAUUAUAAUGACCCCAAUUCUUGGUCGCGAAAAGAUUUCCCAGACCCGUUUUCAGCUUAUUUCAAUGCAUUUGUGGUACCUUCCGCCGAAGCCCGCGACAUUUACUCGAUGGUUUCGUCGCAAGAACUGCAAUUCAUGUGCGAUUCAAACAUGACAAAUUUCACCAAUUUUGUUCGCUUUGUGGCAUUCAAAAUUCACGUCUUAUCAUGUUUGCUACAAAAUUGCGAUUCUGCAGCGACCUUCAAAUUGCGGGAGAGCCAAUUGCUUACUUGCACGCGGUUAUUGACCAAAGUGAUGCCCAUUUUUUUCGAAAUGGAUUUGGACCAGAAAGAGGAGGAUUCGGUCUUUUGGAACCAGAAUAGCUCCCGUGUUUUGCAGUGCGACGGUCUGGUUUCCGAAGAAAAUGCUAGACUCAACGUAAACCAUGUAUCCACCGAACCCCAAGAUCUGGUACCCUUGGGCGUUCUGAUCGUCCAGGCAUGUGUGAAAUUACUCUUCAUCAAGGGUUUUACUGUUCCCCUCACACGACAAGCUCCCAAAGAAUUUGGCAAAACCUCUUUUCUCUUGUGGGAGAACGGCAUAAAUACGUCCGAGACCAACUAUACGUACCCAAAUCCAACGUUGGAUUCGAAACGACUAGAAAUUCUACGUCUGUUGCUGACAUUGUCGUCCAAGCAGCUGUAUUCCCAGAAUAUUCCCAAGUUUCUAGUUGUACUAACAAUGUCAGUUCCAGAGUUUCAUAGCAUUUGCCUCACUUCUUCGCUUAUAAAUCUCGCAUGUCGUUCCUGCCGAAGUAAUGAUGACAACAACGGCCUUCAGUACUUGUCAAAUUCUUAUCAUUCGUCUUCAAAAAGCAGCCAGAUGACAUCGAUGAGAAAAGCGCUAACCAUGACUGGGCUCCAAUUGCUCAACGUAUCCAUGUUAUGCCCACUUGAUGGGGAACACCGAAAUAAGACGCAAGAGUUUCUGUACGGGCUCAAUCUCUAUUCUACCAAUUACAAGAUCAACAACUUGGUCCUUACCUACCUGGGUACCCUAGCAAGGGAGUUCGACCUCAAAUUCAUCUUGGUUAAUCUCGCCACCCUCCUAAAGAGACCAAUGGAACAAGCAAUUGAAAUUGAAUCCAAUCCUUUUUACUUGUUAGGUACUUCCGCGGGCGGAUCUACCAACGGGAAGAGGGCUUCUCAAGCCAGGGCUAACGUCUCCAAAAGCAUUACUCAGGCACGUCCUUUACCUCAUCUACCCAGGGUUACAUUGCAAGUUGUGAUUUUGAUGUGGGAACUGAUGAAAUGCAAUAAAUCUUUUGAAAACUAUGUGGCCGACAAGUAUGCGAAUAAAUUGAUUUUAGUGUGCGUUUAUUACAUCAAGAAUUUUUCAGAAGGUUCUGAGCGGCACACAGAUUUCAUUCCACUUAUAUCGGGUUUUGCAACCUACCUGUCAUCCAAGAAGCUAGUCCUAUCGAAGAUGCAGUGUUGUUUCAAUGUCAACUAUUACGCUAAUAAAAUUCCAGAUUCUUUCAAAAUCUCAGUGGGUGAUGCUAGUCGACUCACUUUCCGGGAUUUCGCUAUCAUGCAUCUAUCUAAUAUGGCUUGCAUACAGGUCAAAGAUAAUAAUGUGCUGAACGCAUCGUUAUUCGAAAUUAUUUUUAAUCUGCUAUCCAUUCCUGGUGAGAUCCAAGAUGAAGAUCUUGUACAACUUUCGUCAGACAAGUCGAGCAAGACCACUGGAUUGGGGUACAAUGCAUCCGUUGCAUUAUUGAGGUUGGUCGCUAGAAUGACCUCUAAAGAAUUUCUGAAGACCUUUUCCGAUGAAAGUAGCCAUGAUACUUUGGAAUCUUCAAAUGAGGACCUGGAGAACUCGGGCAAGAAAGUGAUCAAAAGAGGCUAUGGGACAUCCCCUGGAUUCAAGCUAGACCUACUUGCUCUACUAAUUCAGGCCUUCAACAGUUGCGUGAUCAACCAUUUUAAAGACAGCAAGCAUCUUCUUUUCGUGUUUUGCAGGCAACAGAAUGUGAUAAAACAACUAAAAAGCAUUUUAACCGAGAUUUCUUCGGAAGUCAAUUAUGACUAUUUCGACCAAGCGAGAAAUUCCGGUAAGAAACUGGCCUUACACAUUGAUGACUACUUCGAUGAUUCUGUGCCAAAAGAUAUUAGGUACAAUUGGCAAAACGAUAGAAGCUAUGCUGACCAUGACGAAUACGAUAUGAUAGAGAAAGCUCAGCUUCAGUCCCUAAUGAUUUUCGAACCCCAUAGGCAAGAAAUGGAGGAAGUGGAACGGGCUGCCGAAAAGAUGGCCCAAGGGUCGCCUAACAAGACAAUUGAGCUCUAUGAGCAUGCUGAUGAUGAGCAAGACAUUAUUUCGGAAUCAACAGCACUGUUGCUGGCGCUACGACCUUAUAGACCGUUUGGACUCACUUUUCGGAAGAAACUCAAACUAAGGAAAGAAGAGAGUCUUGAAAACUCUUGGCUCGGAGCAGAUCCUUUAUGUUUAAUGACAACUAUUAUUCGCGUGGUGACGAAAGAAUUCCCAGCAAUAUUUGACGUUUCGGGAGACAAGUAUUUGGUGCAGUUACGCUUAAUUCUCAAAUUUGAAGAUGCUUUGAAAAAACAGGUGAAAUUGCUGAUUCCCUCUCAAGUUAGUUUACUUGGUAGCGAUUGUAGAACCCUGAAAUUGGAUUGGAGAUCAAAUAGAACUGCAUCAAUAUGGUACCGUUCCGCAGUAUGGAAAGACAUUUUCAACUUCAACAGCGUCCCAUUUAUCAGUACCUUCAGCAAAGAAGGUGCCCCACAAGAUGCAGGGUCACAAAGUUAUCCACAAAGUCUUUCCCAACCUCAGACGCCCAAACUGGAAAGGUGGAAUUCUCAAGGCUCAUCACUAUCGCGUACUAACAGCAAUAACAGCUUGAGUACCAACUAUCUUUUACAUCAGGAAUCGAAUUCAAUCCCUAAUAGCGCACCUAAUAGCCCGGUUGUAGGUUCAGGAAAACCAACAUGGGUUAGCGGAAAAUCUCAUUCGGGCAAUCAGAAUGGCGAAAGGUCUUCUAUAUUCGGGUUUUCUUGGGCAGGAUUCCACAAGCCCCAAACAGCAAAGAUUGACGAAGAGUCAGAGGACCAAAACAAUGACCCAAAUAAUUCACAGAGCGGUUCUUUUGUGCUUGAUCCGGGACUCUUGAAACCAAACGUUUGGGUUGGCACAAGAAUAAGUCUUUUUAAAGUAAGAGUGGACGAAAGAGAAAACUACAGUUUAGUUGACAUGACCUCGAAUUUUCUGCGGAGACUGCGGUUUGGAGGCUCUCCGCAUGCAAAUGCCCCAGAGGGUAUAAUGGUGACUUCCGGGACCCUUACUCCCGGAACUUCUCGUCCUUGGACUCCACGAGGCUCUUUGACCGGUACUGCACUACCCGCAAACUCUAAAGCUAUAAAAUAA